ACAAUCACGAACGUAACACCAGCGCCAAAAGAAACACCCACACACUACGUCCCUUCCCCCUCGGGUUCGAUCGAGCAGCAAUCAGAAAACGACGCUCCCCUCGACAUUUCCCCUGAAGCCCUGUACCCACGCCAAAUGUCCUGCCGUCAAGCCUUCGAUCAAGCAUUCUACUGCCAAUCCCUAGGCGGCAAGUUCAACGAUAUCUACCGCUACGGCGAACUGAAAAGCUGCUCGGACAAUUGGAAUGCCUUUUGGUUCUGCAUGCGUAUCAAGGCUUUGCCCGACCAUGAAAGAGAAGAGCGCAUCAAGGAGUUUUAUCAGGCAAAGGAUGAAAGAGACAAGGCUGAGAAGGGCAGUUCGGAAAAGAUCUGGGACAUCCGGACCGAGCCUGUCAGGAAGGCCUUUUGGAGGAAU